AUGAAGGCAGUCCUAGUGAUCUUCUUAUUUGGAGCAGCUAUUCAGCUCGCAAGCUGUCAAUGUUUGCGUUCAUUGCCAGUAUCUCCGUACGUGGAUUCCAGUGUUGCCACAUCACUAGCUGACACCCUCUCCCUGUUGACUGUCAGUAGCCUGUUAUCAGAGAAGCUGCCUCUAGGAUACCCGAUGGUAGCACCCGUUGCACCCUUACCAGCUAUCGCACCCAUUGCACCCAUCGCACCCGUGGUUGGAAACCUUGGCUGUGGCUGCGACCCAAUUUACAGCUACCCGUAUAACUCAUACUUGAUUUAA